AUGCCAGCAUACAAAUCCAGUGAAUACGUCAACGAGUCUGACUCGGAGGUCGAGGACGUCGAAUUUCAAGCACCCAAGCAUUUCUCCAAAAUUUCGUCUGGUUCCAACCUCGAUUUUUCAGAUGAAAAGGAGAUCUGGUUGAUAAAAGCCCCAAAGGGAUUCCCCAUCAAGAACCUCAAAUCUUUGCCAGUUUCUUUCACUGCCACCUCCAUAAGCAACGGUCCAGAAACCUUCAAGGCUGAGCAUAACAACAAGAAAGGAACCUACCAAAUCAACGAAGAAUUAUUAUCAGCCCAAUCCGAGAAUCGUAAGAAUGCCGUGUUUGUACGUGGAAAGAAGACUUUCAAAGUAUUGAAGGGGGAAGUUUCCAGAUUUUAUAACAUCCGUGAAACCAUUCUGAUUCCUGAGAUCGAUAUUGAUAAGGUUGUGCAACCCAGAAAGGAUGUCAAGAAGAUCAAAAACUUGAGAAUGAGACACUUCCCAACCGGUUAC